AUGCGUUUUCUUUUGAUUGACAUAUAUGCCAGGCCUGAAUUCAAACUUAUUGAAGAGAUUGUCAAGGAUGUUUUGAGGAAGUUGAACUAUGCAUCAUCAUCUCAUCUUGAAGGACUCAUUGGCAUUGCUCGACAUGUUAAAAACAUUCAGAGGCUUCUAAUUGAGGCCCGUAUUGUGGGAAUAUGGGGUAUGGGCGGUGCUGGUAAGACCACACUUGCUAAAGCUAUAUUUCAGGAGUUGAAAGCUCAAUUUGAUGCUUUCUCCUUUAUUGAAAAUGUCAAAAAGCAAUUAAAAAGAAUUAGUUUGGAUGAGCUGCAGAAGAAUUGCCUUAAAGAAUUAUUAAAAGAUGAGGAUAUUAGCAUCUAUGAAAUAAAAUCCACUUUUGUGAAAAAUAGGCUUCAAAGAAAAAAAAUUCUUCUUAUACUUGAUGAUGUGGACAAUUCAAUAGUAGCGGCAGAUUUAACCAGGGUACUUGAUUGGUUUGGAGAAGGAAGUAGAAUUAUUAUCACAUCAAGGGACAUGCAAGUGCUAAAGAAUGCUUCUGCGACAUUUUCAAAAUAUCACGUUUCGGAUUUGGAUUUUGAAGAUGCUUUUCAUCUCUUCAAUUUGAAAGCAUUCAAGCGAGAUGAGCCAUCUAAAGGUUACAUGGAGUUAUCAAAAUCUGUAGUGAAAUAUUGUCACGGAAACCCAUUAGCCCUAGUAGUGCUGGGUUGCUUCCUUUAUGGCAGACAAAAAGAAGAGUGGGAAAGUGCUUUGGAAAAACUAAGUCAAGCUCCACCCAAGGACAUUGUUGAUGUUCUGAAGUUGAGUUUUGAUGGACUUGAUGACAAACAGCAAAAUGUGUUCCUUGACCUGGCAUUCUUAAUCAAGCAAGGAGUUCAUAUUUCUUUGAACCUAUUGAGACAAUUAUAUUGUUCUUCUAUGCAUAUUGAGAUAAGUGUUCUAAGAGAAAAGUCCCUCAUUUCAUUUAAUGAUCAUAAUGAUUUCAUUGAGAUGCAUGAUCUUCUGAGGGAAAUGGGCCUUGAAAUUUCAAGCCAACAAUUAUUCUCUGGUCGUAAAACACAUGUUCGACUAUGGAGGCAUGAGGACAUUUAUCACUUUUUCCACAAUGACCAGGCGAUUGAGGCAAUUCGAUGCAUGUCCUUGGAUGCAAGCAAGAUAGAAAGCAUUACAUUGAUGGCUAGUCAUUUUCGAAGAAUGCAUUAUUUAAUGUCCCUUCAAGUUUACAAGUCAGAUCGGGGAAAGCCUUCAAAGUUGAAUAUUUGUGAACCGUUGGAUUAUCUUUCUAAAGAAUUAAGGUUUCUUAGUUGGGAAGAAUAUCCAUUGCCAUUUGUGCCAUUACAAUUUUGUGCUGAGAAUCUCAUUAGACUUAAUUUGCUUGACAGUAAUAUCCAACAGCUUUGGGAUCAGAGCGAAGAUGUCUACUUUGAUAUUAUUGUGAGGGUGAUGGGUAAUAGAGGCAAAAGGGGUGUGCAAGAUGAUGAAGAAGACGAUGAGGAUGAUAGAGAAAUGAUUAGUGAGAAUGAAAGAGAAAUGAGUAGUAAAGGUAAUCAAGUAGUAGAAAUGACAUUAUUAUUGAUGGAAGAUGAACAAGAAGAGGCAGAUGAGGAUGAUAGUAGGAUGGACGAUACAUUAUUAACAAUACUACUUAUUCCCAACACCAUCCCUCGCUAG